AUGUCUGUCAUUGCGGAAGGAGGGGACGCCGUCGUCUUCGGUAUGCUCCCCCAUCACCAUCCCUCCCCUUUGAUACCAUACAUUCGCUUCAUUCUUUCCCUCUCUCUGUGUGUGCGUCUCUCUGCAUGUCUGUGUUUGCAGCCCUUCUCGUGAUUGUGGGCAUCAUCGGCACGUUAUCGCUGUACAUCGGUGUCCGCGCCCUGUACCGCACAUGCAUCGCACCGCAGCUGAGGAACAAGGCACAACAGAGUAACGUCUUGGCCGUCUUCUUAAGGGAGAGAUGCGACCAUGCCGUGAGGGAGGGGUGGGUGCCGCGGCGAGUGGUCAGGGAGGCGGACGUGUUUGGCGCCCCCCUGCUGAGACAAAUCCAUGCGGACGGGCCGCGGAUGUGGGACGUGAAGCCACAGGUAUGCACGAGCGUUGUCCCAUCAAUCCUCUUCAUGCUGUCGUGUGGCUUCAUGCUGUCGUGUGGAUGCCAUGCAGCCUCGGUCAUCCCCUCCGCCCGACCUCUAUGAGCCUCCGAGCUACCUGCUGCCCGUGUCAGUGCACCAGGAGGUGUCCACUCUGCCCCUCCCACCACAGUCGGCCGCCUACUUCGAGACAACGCUCCUCCCACACAUCACACCUGACGAUGACAAUGCCAAUCAAGACGAGGAGGGGUCGCUCAGCGCGUACAAGAAGCCACAUGGGCCGCCGAUCUUUGCCGUCGGUGAGUGAGUGAGACAGGCAGCAGAUGAGGGAGGGACUCGGCACAGGGUCGUUUUGGCUUGGUGUGCCAGGUGUGUGUCCGAGCCCCUACCCGCCAGACUAUCUGCCGGGCCUCUUCGCACCGUCCAUCGCAUUACACAACUGUGCGGCAGACAAACAGCCAGGAAGAAACACAAUGAAAGGGAGACAUCCAUCAUCGUGUUGUGCCCCUUCUCUGUGUGUUCAGUGGCCUACCUAGAGGACGAGGGCCACCGUGGGUCCCGUUGGUCGCGGCCCAAGGGCGGCGAGGGCGGCAUCUACAACGGCAGUGUCGACGCAUGCACACCGGCGCCAUUCUUCGAUGUCGGCGCGACGAUAGGCUGCGAGAUCGAUCGAGCGCAGGGUACGCUGCUCUGUCCCUUUGAGGGUGGCAUGAAUGGCCUGUCUUGUGUGCUCAUCGAUCAGGGAGGGUGACGUUCUUUCUGUUCCGCAGCAGCAGCAUCGACGGGAGUGGCGGCCAGAGGACCACAACCAGAACCAGGCGGCGGAGACAGAGAGGCGUGAGCGAGAGGACGAGGCGGCUGCUGUAUCGGGUGGUGCAGCCACACAGGGCACCGACCGUCAUCACCGUCAAGGCGCCCCAAUUCACUCUGUGCGUCGGGGGGGCCACACAAACGCUGCGGUGCCAUCCUGGAUAUGUUGUUGUGUGUGUGUUGCGUGUCGUCAUGUCACACAGGCGCACCCCGCUGGAUGCCUUCACGUUGGACCCUGACCGGCCGCCGGAACAUCUCGAGAGCGACACCCCCGCCAUGUUCGUCACUGUGGCAACAACUCACCCACGUGAGCAGCCCACACCCUUGUCCAUGGCCCCGUGCACAUAUCUAUCAAAUCUUUCUUGACCAGGUGCGGUGUCCUUCAGCGUCAAUUUCGGCGAGCAGCCUUUCCUCCGCGAGGAGGGCGACGACAUCGGCUUUGGCGUGCCCCUCUGCCCCUCAGCCCCCGGACACGCUGACAAGACUCGAUCUGUCCGCCUUUUGCUGAAGCAGGCCAUCGCCAAGACCUUCUCGCGGCCGCGAGCAUCCCCUCUUGGGCGACAGGAGGUCUCCACACCUGAUGACGCUGAAGAGUCGAAGGGAGAAGGGGAUGUCCGUGUGGUGCUGGGGCGAGGUCGAUCAUCGAGCACCGCCCCAUCGGAGACUGCCACCCUGGGACCAAUCCCACCCGCCCCAACAUUCCACCAACCACACAGACCACCAGCCGAUAGACAGCACCAAGAGCAGCAGCCAUCCUAUCCCAAACGUGAGAAACGGCCGUCCCUGUCUGCACUGGUGGAGGGCAACAAAAUCCUCAGAGAUGGCGGUGUCGGGAGUGGUGCUGGUCGUCGGGCGUCGGAGCCAGCACUGGGGGUGUCGGCCCUGCCGCCUGGAUGGAUGAUGCAUGAGGGAGAAAUGUCUCCCCCUCCCUCCGCCCCGAUGAGCGACUCGCCACCCCUUUCCCUACUCGCAGGCCUCACACCGCUCGACGAGAGAAGACGGCCGACCAUCACGUCAACCACCACACACCAGCCAGCGAUGCGGCCAGUGGUGUCUCCUACUCUUCACGCGGCCAGCCGUUCGCCGCCGGCAUCGUGGGCUCCUCCCGCCAGAGGGCCGUCGAUGGAGAUCGACCUGCUGCCGCCACCAGCUGCUGCUGCCAGCAGGGGCUGAUGGAGUGCCUGACGAAGACGGGUGAGGCAUUCAUGGAGAGGGAGGGAAGUGCAUUGAUUGGAUGUGAUCGCACGUUUGUGCAGCCGUCUUGCUUUCGUGUGCUGCAUGGCGACUGGUGGCUUGUUCUGUAGCUUCGUUAAUGGCCUAUUUUCCCUUCCUUG